ACAAGUCUCAUAUGGGUCUGUGCAUUAACAUUUUUCCGUUAUUGUUUUAAAAAACCCGAAGAGGGGAAAAAAUGAAAACUGCCUGUCCGGGCAUGCUGAGAGUUGUAGUAAUGCAACAGCUGGAGGCACCCGGAUUGGUCGGGCGAAAGCAUACAUAGCGAUAAACAGCUGUGCUGUUUUAAUUACGUCCAUUGAUCCAUAAGAAGAUAUAGGAUUCAGAAUAACAUAACACUUCCCUCAUCUCAGCCACCGAAGCCCGAGCGCACACAAUGCCGAAUCACCCGCCCGUAACUUCCCUACAGAACAAACUACAGCUCCCAUGAUGCAGCGCGGCACACAGUUCCCUUGUUUAUGUUUUUUUUUUCUGUUGUGUUCCGCGCCCUCUAGUGACCAGUCCGCUGCACUGCACAGCGUUCACAGAUUUGCCUCGGAAGCACUUCCCAUUUCCUUUCAUGGCGUCUGCGCAGGCGCACUCGGCCUUCACCGCGGCGUUCCGCGUAGACCCAGCGAUAAAAGGAAAGGAGGAGGGAGGCCAGAGGAUGUCUAAGGGCCCAGUCCCAAAUUCCCCGUCCACAUCUCCGGCAGCAGGGGCAGGCGGAGCGCUCCAGGCGCAGCCCGAGAAGCCGCAGCACUACACGCUGAUAUCUGUGACCUACUCUGAUAUACUUGGACAAACUGAAGCAGUGUAUCUAAAAGAGUUCCGGACUGAGCAGUGCCCACUCUUUGUGCAACACAAAUGCACCCAGCAUCGACCCUACACCUGUUUCCAUUGGCACUUUGUCAACCAGCGACGGCGGAGAUCUGUGAGACGUAGAGAUGGAACAUUUAACUACAGCCCGGAUAUUUACUGCACAAAAUAUGAUGAAACCUCAGGCCUAUGUCCUGAAGGAGAUGAUUGCCCCUUCCUACACCGAACAACAGGUGACACAGAAAGAAGAUACCAUCUAAGAUAUUACAAAACUGGCAUCUGCAUCCACGAGACAGACUCUAAGGGUCAUUGUACCAAAAAUGGUCAGCACUGCGCCUUUGCCCAUGGUCCCCAUGAUCUCCGUUCACCAGUAUAUGAUAUAAGAGAACUUCAGGCUAUGGAGGCCCUGCAGAAUGGGCAACCAACCCUGGAUGGAAGCCUGGAAGGACAGACUGCUGUGGCUGCUAGUCAUGCCAUGAUAGAGAAGAUACUGGGGGAGGAACCACGCUGGCAGGACACUACUUAUGUGCUUGGGCACUACAAGACAGAACAGUGCAAAAAACCUCCCCGGCUCUGCCGUCAAGGAUAUGCAUGUCCCUACUACCACAAUAGUAAGGACCGGAGGAGAAGUCCACGUCAAAAUAAAUACAGAUCUUCCCCUUGUCCAAAUGUGAAACAUGGAGAUGAAUGGGGAGACCCCAGUAAGUGUGAAAGUGUCGACUCUUGUCAAUAUUGCCACACAAGAACGGAGCAGCAAUUUCAUCCAGAGAUCUACAAGUCAACAAAAUGCAAUGACAUGCAGCAGUCUGGAAGUUGUCCACGUGGGCCCUUCUGUGCCUUUGCACAUGUUGAACAAUCUCUUCUUUGUGAUGAUCUACAGUCUACAUCAUCUGUGUCAAGCCCUACACAAACUGGACCUAUCAUGUACAUGCCAUCUGCAGCAGGAGAUUCUGUCCCUGUGAGCCCCUCUAGUCCACAUGCGCCAGACUUCAGCAGUGUAUGGGGCAAAAUGAGCCAUCUCCCCACCAGUCCAACAUCCGCAACUAUGCUAUGUGCCAGUUUAGGAAGUCCAACUAACCCUUGUGGAUCUCCUCCUGGAUCUUUAGGAAAACCCCAUAGUUUAGAUAACCUUGGUUUUCAUGGUGACCUAUCAGGCAGCUAUAAAAAAGCUCCCGGGUGCGAGAGAGAAGACUCAGCAGGAACGGAUUAUCUCAAAAGCUUAAAAAGCCAGGCAAAGUUAAAACAACACUCAAUUGAACACAGAAGCCAAGAACAACCUCUUUUGCAAUCAAAACAGGAUGCCCUAGGAAUCCUGCCCAUGGGAAGCCCAUUAACCUCCAGCAUUUCCUCUAGCAUUACUUCCAGCCUGGCUGCUACACCUCCCAGCCCAGCAGCUAUAAGCGGUACCCCCGGUAUGAAUGCCAAUGCUCUUCCUUUCUACCCAACCAGUGACACAGUAGAAUCAGUUAUAGAAUCUGCUCUGGAUGAUCUUGACUUGAAUGACUUUGGAGUUGCUGCUUUAGAAAAGUCAUUUGAUAACAGCACGGGUGCAGCUCCUGGAGGCAUCAUGAUAGGUGGAAGUCUAAUGCAGAGCUCGGCUCCUGUAAAUAUACCUGGCUCCUUAGGUAGCUCAGCAUCAUUUCACUCCACGUCGCCAUCACCCCCUGUCAGCAUCUCUUCACAUUUCAUUCAGCAGACAACUGGGCCUCAAAGCCAAUCAGAAAAUACCUUUCUUAGUACAUCAGCUACCCAUGGUUCAUUGGGCCUGAAUGGGAUGAAUAAUAGCAUAUGGGAACACUUUGUAUCUGGCAGCUAUUCCCCAGGAACCUCCCCAGCGUUUCCAUCAGGCCCUGGAGGAGCCGAAUUAGUAAGGCUCCGGCAGGAACUGGAGGAGGCCAGUAACACCAUCAAGCAAUGGGAAGACUCAUGGAAGCAAGCAAAACAGGCUUGUGAUGCCUGGAAAAAAGAAGCAGAGGAGGCCAACGAAAGAGCCACAGCAGCCAGCAUGGAAUGUGAAUUAGCCCGGGAGCAGAGAGAUGCUCUGGAACAACAAUUGAAGAAACUUCAGGAAGAGCUGGAGAGAAUCCCAGGAACACAAGACUCCAAGCUACAUGGCUCCAUGAAUGAACUGGAUGGCCUUCCUCUCUCCACCCUGUUUAGCAUUCAGAAGCAGCUACAUGCCAACCUUGAAAGGGUUGACAAGGCAGUUUUCCAGCUUCAGACUCUGAAAUGUCGCAAGUGUCAGGACCAGAACAGGGCAAUCUUACAGUGCCAACAUGGCGUGCUUUGUGAAGUGUGUGCGGUGGAGGAAGGAGAAUGCCCUAAAUGUCAACUAUCUAUACAACCUGCUCUUCAGCCAUGACCCUUGCAAGCCUGGACUCAGGCUUUUCAGAACUAAAAUUUUUGUAUAUACUGCUAUAAAUAUAUAAAUAUAUUCAUACAAUGGAAUCUAGCAAAAGCUGAGCACUUUUAAACAAAAGUUUUUCAUUCCUUUGGAAUUUGCCACAAAGCCUCUGAGUUUUUUCCUCUGAGGCACUCUGCAUCAAAUCAAUACAGAAUCCUCCAUGUUGGGGGUGUAUGUCCAGGCAUAUAUUGGCUUGUAUGCAAGAAAUUUGUGCUACAAUAAUCUAUCAUUACGGGACCAAGUGGUGUUUAUUUUCCCACCAACAAUCAGCAUAUUAAGGAGCUCUCCAAAAUUUUAAGAGGCCUUUGGCAGAGCUGGUUGGCUUUUUCUACUGAUGGGAACACAGAGCUUCAAUGGAAGAUGGCAAACAAGGGCUUCCCUGUGGCACGAGACAAAAUGGGUCAUGGAUUCGGACAUCUUGUAGAAAUUUCUGCUUUUUCUUCUCCCUCUCUAGUAUUUCAUAGGAGUAGAGUCAUAGAAAUCUUUGGGUUUAUGGUAAAGGUCCCUUUUUUUCCAGAGAGCCACAGGUAUUCCAUAAAAUGAAGCAGAUCCUUAAUCUGUAUGAGUAAUUGUUUCAGUAUUGUGUGUCCCAGAAGGUGUUUUUUUUUUUCUCUGAAAAUUAAAUUCAGCCAUAAUUUUGUAUAUUAAUGAAUACCCAUACCACAUAUUAAGAGGUAUUCAUUCGAUCGUCAGCUGAGCCAAGGGCCCUUCUGCUGGGCACCACAAUGAUCAGCUUUCCAUGAUGAAUUGGGCACAAAAUGUUCAAUUUUCCUGCUGGACUCCUACAGGGGAAAGGAAGCAUAACACAAUUCUUACUUGAAAUCAGUUGUCCAUGUAUCAUAUGGAUGUGGGUCCUCAAGAACAUACCCUGAAAGGGUUUUUAAACCAGUCAGCCCCUUUAACCAGCCUAAAAAUAGUAGACGCAUAUGAAUGGUUACAAUAAUAAUUUAAUAAUUUUACAGUGUUGUAGUCUCUUUAGUGAGGCAUAUGUAUUACCAAAGGUCUUUGGGAAACAAUGGAUGUAUAUUUGUAGCUCUUUAUACUAGGGACUUUGUACUUGUAAGUAUACAGAAAAAAAUAUAUAGAAUAUUAUAGUCCCAGUAAUCACAAAAUAUCUUCAUGGACAAUAUUCUUAGACAUUUGGAAACCAUGAAAACCAAAUCUCUCCACAAAUCCAUUGGUUUUUUUUUUACUUUGUCAUUGACUCUCUCUAGUAUCUGACAAAAAUGCAAAGAGAUAAUGGUAAUAUAUGGGGGACAGUACGCAUGAAUGGAAUCAGUAAGAGAAUGCAUGAAAGACAUUUGCUUGUGUAUUUAUAUGUUUUAGGUGAAAUAACUUUGU